AUGGAAAACUUUUUUACUCGCAUUGUUGUGGAUGCAGAAAGCAGCGUUGUGCAACGCAAGAUGAUGAAGGAAAUUGCGGCCGCACGUGAUAAUAUCAAUAGCGACGAUGAAGGACGACAGACGGUGGGGCUGCUUGAUCUCUGCAAUCUACUGAACAUGGCCACUGCUGCGACGAUUGCAUCGAUAAGGCCCAGUGUAUUUGUUCCACCCGUUUUGGCCUGUCUAAAGAAGGAACACAAUGUGGACUUAAUGCUAUUAGCUGCACGUGCAUUGACUUACAUGGUAGACGCCAUUUCUUCUGCCGUAUAUGUGCUGGGGUCAGAAGGUGGCAUGGAAGCCGUUCUUCGGCACUUAUUGGAGGUGAAAGAUAUUGAGCUCUCGGAACAGUGUUUGACGUGUGUAGAAAAAAUUACACAGAGCUCUCAUGGUGCGCUGAUGGGAUUACAGAAGGGAGGGGUGAAGUCACUUUUGGCCUUUGUUGACUUUUUUAGCUCCUCGUCUCAGCGCAAAGCGUGGUCCAGUGUGGCGGCAAUGUGCCGGCGUGUGGAUGUGACAACGUUUGACCGUGUUGAAGACUCGUUGAAUGAUAUACGCUCGCGUACCAAUCACGACGAUGGAAAGAUUGGAGAUAAGGCAAUUGCAUGCCUCUAUCGCAUUAUUAAUGGGGUUCGCACAAACCCAGAGCUGGUGGCACUGGCAUAUGGGGAUGUCAGUCCCUCCCUUCUUUGUGUUCUCACGAGAAGCGAUGUUUCAGAGAACAUCUUUACGAUGACGCUAUCUCUCAUUGGUUCAGCCAUAUCAUACAGCACAGAGGUUACAAGAAAGGUGAUUGAGAGCGGUCUAAUGGAGUGCAUGUUGGCACUUAUCGCCCAUUCCUCAAGGCACCAACUGCCGUUGCUACAGCAACAACAACAGCAGCAGUUGCAACAAACGUCGCGCUCAUUCUGGGAAAGCCCGAUACUUGGAGCACAGAAUCCGCCGGGCUCUUCAUUCUCUCAAGAUGUGUCUUUGCUGCCGAACUCAACGACAACACAAACAACGACAGCAUUCCGCGAGAGGCGGUUGACGAUGGAGCAGACGAAAACACUUUGUAUUGCACUUGCCGGACUUCUGCCACGAAUUACGGAAGGUUAUCUUGCCUACGGAAACAUCCUUACGGAAUUGCUUGCGGAACGUGCACAGGGGAUGGCGCACCGUAGGGGCUUCUUUCCCCUGGAGGCCAGCUACGAGGAGGACGAGGAAGAGGAAGAAGAAGAGGAAGAGGAGGGAGAAACAAGCAACAGUGACGAGAUCCGUCUGCGGAUUUUUGAUGAGGGAAUUCCACUUGAAAAAAACACCAAAUUUUCAAGGUGUGGCCUUACGCAUAUGUGUGACAGCUGUGGGAAGUUGUGCAGGCCGGGUGAUUGGUUCCGCUGUAAUAAAUGUGCGGAUUUCGAUUUCUGUGGGGAAUGCCUUUUGAUGAAUUGGGAGGAGCAUACGGGGAAUUCGGCGCAACACACAUUCUGCGAUAUGCUGGAGGUCUUUCCGGGGUUGAAACGAUCACCGACGCCCGCAAAGGCCAGAAAAACGUUGGAUGAUGCUCUUAACACAGAACGGAAGGAACUCUACAAAAGUCAUCCACAGUUAUUGGAUACCAUACUUGGAGGACUUACAAAGAUGGUGGCGCUUUUCAAUGAGUCGGAAACGCACAUUGUGCGUAACCACAGUCUCGCCUUUAUUGACCGAGCUGUGUGCUUGGCAUCCCCACAGCAGUUGGCGGGUAGCGGUCUCGUGGAGGCCUCUGUUUGUGAAUUAAUCUUAUCGGCAAUUGCAGACCCCAGUCUGGUGUUAAAUGUUCAAGUGAUGCUUCUUUGCCGCACGCUGCUGGAAAAACUGCCCAACGUGUAUAAAAACGCUUUUGUCCGUGAGGGCGUAACCAGUGCGUUAAUAAAGGCACAACAGCAGAAUCAAACGACCACACGACGUUCUACUGAACACUCAGAAGAGAAGCGACCGCUUAUUGAAAGGCUUGUCACCAUUUCUGAUUGGCGCGAGCUUGUUGUGGAGGAAGCGAAGAGUAUGCUGAGCAUGUUUCCUUCGGUCAGUGAGGAAACACAUGUCAUGCGGCUUGCAGAGUUUGUAAGUCUCAUGGAAGAGGGCCAAUUCCAGGAGGCCUUUGAUAUCCUUCGAACUGCUCUCUUAAAUGACAUCACCACUUUUGAGCUUGCGUCAAGUAAUGUUCUUCGUUCACUGAGAGAAACACUGACGCGUGUGAAUGACAUUAAAGUUGUCGUUACCCUAGUAAAGACACUAGCAAAAGAGGCGCCAAAUCCACCCUGUGCUCUAACACGAUUUGUGCGACACCUUCAAACUAUUCUUUCGCAAUUGGAUCAAUUUCGUCCUCCCAGUUUUGGUGAAGUGAGUAGCAUUCACGUACAUAUUCCUGUGCAUCUCGUUCCGCAUGCGUCUGAGCAGCAAAAAACGAAGCCAUCCUUUCUAGCAAAAGGGGGCGGUGUACUACGGCGUCCCCCGGCUGCUGCGCCUUCAAAGGAAUCCGGUGCACCACCGCGCAGCACGCGUAUUCCCGCAACACGUAGAAGCAGCGGCACAAAUAUUGCCUCUACUCUGGCUCCUUCCACGUCAAAUUCAACAAAAGGCCCCCUUGAGGGGCGCGAUAUUAUGGUAAGUGUUGAACCUUUGACAAGUAUGGAUGCGUUAAUGUCAUUUGUGGCGUCAAAUGUGCUUUCUGGAGAGAUGGAACACAGCGAUAGUCGUCGGCGCAUAGAAGAUGAAGAUCAAGUCGAAGAGGUGCUUCCUGAAUUAGGUAGAGAAGGAAGGGACGAAACCUCAGUGAGUGGGAAGAAGUUGAUGCAGGAAAAAGCACAACAGACUGUCUACUUACGGUACGAGUCCCAUGUACUACCUUCCUCCAUGACUAUUCUUCAGGUAAUACAACAGUUUCACUCAAAUUCUUUGUCUGGAACCUCAUUGUCUGGAAGGAAAAAGAAAAAGAGUGGUCAGGGCAGUGGUACUGCUAAUGCUACUACAACUACAAACACUAACGCUUCUAACACUACGACUGCUGGUGGUAGUAAUGGUAGUAGUGGUGGGGGAAGAUCCCGUCAAAUUAAUUCCAUGGUGGAAGAAUUGCGCCGUGGUACAGGGGAAGCCAUUACUCUGCACUACAGCACAGUCCCCUUUGGACCGGAGUACACAACGGAGUUGUCACGAUCUACUGUAUCUUGCAUCGCACCCACCGAUCCUAUUCGUAUAAGAUUGCCUUCCAAGGAUAUUCGUCCAGCUGCAGUGGUGGAAGUAAUGUGUGCCUUGCACCAGGAUUAUCCAUUUAGCAGCUGUUUUCUUACUGCUGCUCAAAAAGAUGUCCUGACACUUUUGGGUACCAUUUACAAGACAUUGCAGUACUGGUCCGAACUACUGCUGUAUUUGGGGUAUUGUGGGGAGGAUGAAAUGGACGGAGGGGUGUGGUCGCCAUCGACCUCUCUUGGGGAAUUUAUUCACCACAGGUUGAACAACAAGGCCAUGCGGCAUAGCUCCAAUCUUCUUCUUGCAGGUCAACAUCUCACAACGUGGGCAGUCAAUCUUGCCAUGGACUGCAACUUUUUGUUUACGUCAACGACACGAAAGUUUCUCUUUGAGAUCAGUUUUUGUGGCACCGCCCGUUCUCUUGUUCAGAUGCAAGAAAAUAUGGAAAAAUACGGAAUGCGGGACUUACUCAACAUCGAUCAUCAAUUUAUAAGGUCCUAUCGCCUUCACCGAGUGAAGAAGCGUGUCUGGCGUCAUCACGCUCUAAUGUGCGCCAUGGAAAUUAUGGGGAAGAAACAGGUUAAUGAUUCCGUUUUGCUGGAGUUUGAGUACUACAAUGAGAAUGGAAGUGGAAGUGGGCCGACAAUGGAGUUUUUCUCGCUUGUAUCGGAUGAACUACGGGAGAUGAAACUUCAAUUGUGGCGGCGGACCGACGAAACACCCGACGAAAAGUAUUAUCAUCCACAGAAGGGGGUGUAUCCGCGUCCGCUGCCUCCCGAUUCGCCUGAAAUUGAUCGCGUUGAACCGUAUUUCUCACUCUUAGGCCGGUUUUUGGCCCGGGCGUUGUUGGAUAAGCGAAUUGUUUCUAUUCCUCUCUCGCCCGUUAUGUUAAAGAUGCUUCGUGGGGACGAGUGUGGGAUUUAUGAUUUGAUCGACGUCAGUGACUCAUUGGGUUCCUUUAUAGUGGCGCUCUCCAUCGCUACCCACCACGGUGCCACGACAAUACAACUGCCUGGAUCGUCUACUUCCUGCAGCGUGGAGGAAUUGUCACUUGAUUUUACGUUACCCGGUGAUGAUGCCAUUGAGUUAGUGAAAGAUGGGGCAAAUAAGUUGGUGACGUUCAAGAACUUGUUUGAUUACUGUGAUGCUGUCACGGGAUUUAUGUUGCGCACAGGAGUUGAGCGUGUCAUUCAGGCAUUUCGUAGUGGGUUCCAUGAAUACAUUCCAUUGUGUGCCUUGCGCUUGCUGAGUGUGUCUGAGCUGCAUGAGGCCCUUCAUGGUCACGCUGACCUUGUGACUGUUGAAGAUCUCGAAGCCAACUGUCAGGCGGAUCAUGGCUACACCAUGACGUGCAGUCAUGUGCGUCAGUUAUUUGAAAUUAUUGCGUCUUUCAACGAGGAGGAGCAGCGACAAUUUUUUCUCUUCCUUACGGGUUCUGUGCAUCUUCCUGUGGGCGGUCUUGCGAGCCUGCGACCGAAGUUCACAAUUGUGCGGAAGACCUCCUCGGAGCCCAAGGUACGCGAGCAGGAUCAGCUUCCCUCGGCGAUGACGUGCCAAAACUACCUGAAGCUGCCAGCCUACGACAGUAAAGAGCAAAUGGAGAGGAAAUUGCGGCAGGCCAUUGAUGAGGGAUGUGGCGCUUUUCUUCUUACUUAA